UUCGUUUUCUCGCCCUUUGUCUCUCGUCUCCAUCCCCGGCGAGCGCGUCGGCGGCCGCGGCGGAGGCCGGCUGGUUCAAUUUGGAGGCGGGGAGAGAGGAGCGGCAGCGGGAGGGAGGCCACGGCGGUCCGGAGGCGGGGCUCCGUGACGAGGACUGCGAGGACCCCGCGACCGACCACGGCCACGGCCAUGGCCACCGCCCGUCCCUCUCGGCCCCGGCCGCAGUCGUCCUCCUCAGCGUCGCCCCCCUGUCCUCCGUCGUCCGAAUCAUCUACGACGCGCACAGAUCCGCUGCUGCCGAGCUCUUCACCCCCUCCACCGACGGAUCCUUCGGGGAACAUAAUCAAUCCGUAUGAACUACGACGCCUCAAAAAUUGUAUGAGGAUCAAGGCGCGGCUCGAAGAACUUGGCUUACCAUGUAGUCAAAAAUUGUAUGAGGCUCUAGGAGAUCAAUCUGAUGAUAAGCAAACAGAGUCAUCUAACAAGACUGCUCGCAAGAAAACUGGAAGUAAAAGAUCUUCAGAUGACAUGUCUGCUGCUGGAAUAUCACCACCUGCUGCUAAGAGAUUUGCUCCUGCCGCUUCACAGCGAACCACGAGGGUCACAAGGUCACAAAAGUCUGCUCCUGGUCCUGCUGCUGCACAGCCAACUAAAAGGGGCACAAGAGCUGCUCCUCCUGCUCCUAUGGCUGCAACGUAUGGAACUCAAUGCAACAUUCUGUAAUGUGUGUAUGUUUGGACAUGUUUGGUUCAUAGACAUGUCAUUUAGGUUGGAUGGCUUUUGUUGGACAUGUCUGGUUCAUAGACAUGUCAUUUAGGUUGGACGGCUUUUGUUGGACAUGUUUGGUCCAUAGACAUUCUGUAAGGUUGGAUGGCGUUUGUAGGACAUGUUUGAACUGAAUGCAACAUUCCGUAAAGUUGGACAUGUUUGAACUGAAUUUGUACAAAGUUUCUGAGUUGUACAGAAUUUUGAGCA